GGGAAUUUCGGACGGCGCGGGAGGAGCGGCAGCUGGGCCCGGCGGAGGCUCUGAGAUUUGCUGCGCCUUCCUGCUUCGCUUUCGGCCUUGCCUUGCGUCCUCCGCCGUUCUGGCAGGCUGCGGCCGGGCUCUCCGGGGAGAGUUCCUUCUCCGGGGAGUUUGCGCGGUGCCGAUCCUUCGCCAUUCCUCCUGGGGGAGCCUGCCCGGGCCGGCAGGGCGAGUGAAGAUGCCAUAUAUUAAGAAGACAGCUGGAAAAAAGGCCCCGGCAAAAAGGAAACUUGCUGAAGUAUUUGCUCUGGGGGAGGUUCUAACGGACACAUCAAGGAAAGAAUGGAAAUUAGGCGUUCCUAUAGGGCAAGGAGGCUUUGGACGCCUGUACCUUGCUGAUGUUAAUUCUUCAAAGUCGGUUGGCAGUGAUGCACCUUAUGUUGUGAAAGUGGAACCCAGCCAGAAUGGACCUCUUUUUACUGAGUUAAAGUUCUACAUGCGAGCUGCUAAGCCAGAUGAAAUUCAGAAGUGGACUAAGUCCCAUAAACUGAAAUAUUUAGGUGUGCCAAGAUAUUGGGGUUCUGGCUUGCAUGAAAAAAGUGGAAACAGCUAUCGCUUUAUGAUAAUGGAUCGUUUUGGAAGAGAUCUUCAGAAGGUGUAUGAAGAGAAUGCAAAGCGAUUUGCUCAUAAAACUGUACUUCAAUUAGGCUUGAGAAUACUUGAUAUCCUGGAAUACAUCCAUGAGCAUGAAUAUGUGCAUGGAGACAUCAAGGCUUCAAACCUUCUUCAGAGUUACAAGAACCCUAGUCAGGUGUAUUUGGUGGAUUAUGGGCUUGCCUACCGCUACUGUCCUGAAGGAGUUCACAAAGCAUAUAAGGAAGAUCCUAAAAGGUGUCAUGACGGCACUAUUGAGUACACCAGUAUAGAUGCACACAAGGGUGUGGCACCAUCGAGACGUGGGGAUCUGGAGAUCUUAGGUUACUGUAUGGUUCAUUGGCUUAGUGGCCAUCUACCAUGGGAGGAUAAUUUGAAAGAUCCAAAUUUUGUCAGAGACUCAAAGAUCAGAUGUAGAGAUAACAUUUCAGAGUUGAUGGACAAAUGCUUUCCUGGGAAAAAUAAACCAGAUGAAAUAAGGAAAUAUAUGGAAAAGGUGAAGCAACUGAGCUAUGAGGAGAAACCUGUGUAUCCACAUUUCCGAGAAAUACUUCUGCAAGGACUCAAGUCCAUUGGACAAAAAGAUGAUGGAGUACUUGACUUUGGCUUGUCAGAAAAUGGAGACGUGCAAACGAACCCUGUACAAAAGAUGGCAGCAGAGGGGCAGUCUGACAUAAUGGCAUUUGUCAUGGAAGCACGUAUGAAGCAACGGUGCAUAAUUGAAUUCCUUCAUGCGGAAAAAAUUGCACCUAUUGACAUUCAUCAACGCUUGCUGAACGUUUAUGGAGACCAAACAGUGGAUGUGAGUACAGUGAGGCGGUGGGUGGUGUGUUUCAGCAGUGGUGACAAUGACCUGAAAGACAAGCCACGUUCCGGACGGCCAUGCACAGCUGUCACACCAAGAAAUGAACAGCGUCUCAAUCAGCUCAUCCACUCAAAUCUGGGGAUUACAGCCAGAGAACUCUGUACGGAGCUGAAUAUUGGCUUCAGUGCAUUGGCAACGAUGGUAUGUAGCUGAGAACUUGCUCUAUCAAAUAGUGUUAUUAUACAGAGAGCACAAAUUAAUUGUGCUCUCUGUAUGUUUGUAGUUUCAGUGGAAAUAAAUAGGAGGCAUUACUUUCAGAACAAGCUGUUUAAAGGCUGCAUUAAGGUCUCUCUG